AUGAGAAUAAAGGUAAAAAAGCCCAAGCUCACACAGUCACACUCCUCAAAUUCCUCAACUCCAAAGCUGACAUUUUUCAUGUGUGGGCUGAUUGGGAGAGAGAGCUUUCACACAUUCCCAUACCUAAUUCACUCAUUACACGUUGAUUUUUGCCCUUUGAAUGGAAUCUUGAGGCGACCCACAUUGAAUUUGCCCGGAUUUUCCCAACCUACUGCCGUCGAUCUUGAUCGAGCUUUUCAUGUGUCGGUUCUCUUCUCGGAGCUGCUGACUGGGUUCGCGCGAUUGGUGGUGAUUGUUCGAGAUUUUUUAAUUUGGGGGUGGGUUCGGAAGAUGCGGCGGCGGGCGACCGAGUUUCGGCGCCCGGUAAGACGGAGAUUCUCAUGCUGGAUCUGGGCGCUUCUAUUCUUGUUCUCGGUUGCGGCUUUUGUUCUGUUUGCUGUUCAUCAUAACCAUCGAGAUGAGGAUCGUGUGGAACAGCCCGUUUUGGAGAUAAAUUCCAGAAACGACCGACUUACCCAUGAAAACCGUAAUUUCACCGAACAAAUACUAAACGCCAGAUCAUACGCCAGACAGCUAGCCGAACAAAUGACUCUCGCCAAAGCCUACGUCAUAAUCGCGAAAGAGCACAACAAUCUCCAUCUCGCUUGGGAGCUGAGCUCACGAAUAAGAAGUUGCCAGCUGUUGCUCUCCAAGGCCGCCAUGCGGGACGAGCCCAUAUCUCUGGAAGAAGCUGAGCCCAUAAUCAAAAGCCUAUCUUCCCUUAUUUUCAAGGCCCAAGAAGCCCAUUACGACAUUGCAACCACAAUCAUGACCAUGAAGUCCCACAUACAAGCCCUGGAAGAACGGGCAAACACGGCCACCAUUCAAGGUACGGUUUUCGGUCAAUUAGCUGCCGAGUCAAUCCCCAAGAAUCUCGAGUGUAUCAACAUUAAGCUAACGGCCGACUGGCUUCAGAACAAAUCACUACAGCUUCUUGCCGACGAGAGUAAAAAUUCUCCUCGGCUAGUGGACAAUAAUCUCUAUCAUUUCUGCAUAUUUUCCGAUAAUCCACUAGCUGUCUCGGUUGUCGUCAACUCGACCGUUUCUAACGCCGAGCACCCGAAACAGCUCGUUUUUCACGUCGUGACAAAUGGCGUCAAAUACGGAGCCAUGCAGGCUUGGUUUCUCACGAACGAUUUCAAAGGCGCCACUAUUGAAGUUCAAAACAUAGAAGAAUUCGCCUGGCUGAGCGCGUCCUAUUCUCCCGCAAUAAAACAGCUGCUCGACUCAGAUUCGAGAAAGUACUAUUUCGAGAGCUCGGAGGACAAUCCGAAAUUCCACAACCCGAAAUACAUCUCCCUUCUGAACCACCUCCGUUUUUACGUCCCCGAAAUUUACCCGCAGUUAGAGAAGGUAAUUUUUCUAGACGACGAUGUUGUGGUUCAGAAGGACUUGAUCCCGCUUUUCUCGCUCGACUUGCACGGGAAUGUGAACGGGGCAGUCGAGACUUGCCUCGAGGCUUUUCACCGUUACUACAAAUACCUCAACUUUUCGAAUCCGCUCAUAAGCACGAAAUUCGACCCUCAGGCUUGCGGGUGGGCUUUCGGCAUGAACGUGUUCGAUUUGAUUGCUUGGAGGAGACAAAACGUGACUUCGAGAUAUCACUUUUGGAUGGAGCAGAAUAAAGACAGAUCAAUUUGGGCGCUCGGGACACUUCCUCCGGGACUUCUGGCUUUUUACGGGCUGACUGAACCGCUUGACCGGAGAUGGCACGUUUUGGGGUUGGGUUAUGAUCUGAAUAUCGAUAACCGGUUGAUAGAGACAGCUGCUGUUGUUCACUAUAAUGGGAAUAUGAAGCCAUGGCUGAAGGUGAGUAUAGGCAGGUAUAGGGCUCUGUGGGAACAGUAUGUUAACCGUGGGCAUAGAUAUUUGCAGGAUUGUGUUACGAGCUGAUGUUAUGUUAUAUAGAUAUGAUGAUGGUGAUGCUUUUGUUGUGCUGGGGGAAUAAUUUUUAUCACAUUUUUUUUUCUUGCAUUUUGGUAUUGGGAAGAAAGAAAAACGAUUACAUUUUAGGGGUGUUAGCAUUAGAUUAGAACUUUUUCGCUAUUUUGUGAGGAAUAUUUUAGUGAAGGAAAAGUGAUGUAGUAUGCGCGAGAUUGGAUACAUCCAACACUUUUUUUUUUCACCAGUUAAAAACUACUAUAAAUCUCGUUUUUCUUCUUUUAUCUCCUCAAUA